AUGUCGCUAUUGAGAACGCUAUCAGAUUUACGGAUAUCUGUGAAAGCCUUAAUCGUUCACAAUUGCCAGUGUGAAUGUACGGUGGAGGAGUUUAUCAGUUUCAUCAAGUGCACAAAGGUUGAAAUGUUAGCAAUCGAUGUAUUCGAGAUGCCGGAAUUUGGGCAGUCACUUGCAAAACAGGAAAUAAUUCGGAAUCUCACCUGCUCGCUUGUUUAUAUUAAUGGCGAUGACGUGAUCAGUGGGAUCGUGGUUAAUUCCUUCUAUGAAGGCUCCAUAGAACUGACUGGAUUCUCCAGACUUCUUACCGAUUGGGGCCACGGAUGUAUGGAAAUCCUCCACUUCCAUAUGAAUAUCGAUAGUGAAGGAUCAGCAGAUGUCACGACGGUUUGGCAGGAUUCUGGGCACUUUCGUUGUUUACGAGGGUGUGUCUUGAAAAACAGUGACAACCAGGAAUUGUUUGUUGAGGCGAAGAAUGGUAAGUUAAUGCUCACACCGGUAAGACCAUCCGAGGAGCCUCAAGCGGUUUGA